AUGGCAUCUGCCUCGGAUAUUCAAAGCAUAAUCUCGGCCGCACUUGAACAGCAAGCUCAACAGAUACAAGCUCAACUUGCGUCGAGGGAUGAAGCCAUCUCCAAGCUUAUGGAGAAGGUGGAGCUCAAAGAUGCGCAAGCAUCAACAGACACGGUUCCCAAGGUUGAUAAGGGGAAAACGGUUGUGAGGAAUUACCCUCCAGCCAACAAACCCCACGCCAGUACCAGUGUCAAGAAAGGGCCGAAGUCCGCCACACCGACCAAGUCCAAUCCCCCCUCCUCUCGUAGGACUCCUUCUGGUAGCCAACCCAAACGGAAUUUCCACUCCGAAAACGAGCUCACCCAAGGUCAACCCCCUACAAUGAUCUCGCGGGACAUGCCCGAGUCCUUUGGACCCACUCAAGAUGCAUUAUAUGUCCACCUGAAGCUCAUAUGGAACCUCCUCGAGCAGAAGACCAUCCCCGGCCCCCCUCACCCGGACACCAUCAAGGAAUUCACUUCUCGCUUUUCGAAUAUCGACGAGAUUGCUCAAAUAACAAACGACCCGGCUGCGGCUUCUCUUAUCCCGGUUAAAGACGUAGUAACCUUCAAGGAUCUCAAGCUCGGUCGGAAGAAGGUUGGAAAGGGCUUGGUAAACCUGGAGGAAUUUUUUGUCAGUUACACUCAGGCCAUUCUUGCUCGUCUCGGUAUACGUGUCUGGGCGCCGGACCUUGAAGACUUACCCGAUUCACUUUACAACGAGGCCUGUCGACAAGCUGCCCUCAAAUCCUUCCGUCAGGCUGCUGUGGGUGGGGCUUAUGCCUACAUGAACGUCAACCCGAAGUACGCAGUGGAUCUCGGGCUCCUGAUUCCUGCUUACAAUCACUACGUGCACUUUUUGCAAGCGCAACGGUACAACCGAGAGAAAACCCAGUCUGGGAAGUUCCGAAUGGACGAAGAGAGAAAAGUGAUUGCAAAGGCGAGAGAACGACUGCGAGACUCCCGAUUGAAAUUCGCCCUGCCCCAGAAUCUUCCAAAACGGUAUCAAAAGGUGAUAUCGGAUGUCAACUGCCACAGCGAUGACGAAUACUGCCCCAAGAAAAGAGUUUACAUCAUCAAGACACUCAAGUUCCGGUCAGCUAACGCCACCAAAUUUUUCCGCCGUCUUGAUGCCGCCAUCUUGACGUCUGAUGAGCUGGAUGGCAAGCGUGUUCAGAGACGCAGGCGGGUUGUUCCAUCUAUUCCCCACCCAUCCUUUUUUCCGAAGCCACCCAAAGGCCAGCCACUCGACUUCUACAACCAUGAAUGGUUCAAUGACCUCUUGCCCCAACAGCGGAUGGAAAUUGCCAACACUCGUGAGGUAGCUUUUCUACCUGAUGCCUCUCAAUCGCUCAUGGGGAAAAAGCUCGCUUCCGAAAAGUUAUCCGACAGGAAGUUCACCCAGGAGUUCUUUGAUCGUCUCACCCAACCUUAUGAUCUCACUCACGAGAUCGAAGAUAAUGCCGAUGACGAUGAGCCAACAGACGACGAAGAAGAUACUAGCUUCAAAGGCGAUGAAAUUGACUUGGCACACACGUCCAACGAGGAGGACGAAGAAGACGCCGACUUUGUCAAUGAUUCCAUGAACGAUGCUGGUUCUGGUCCAGACAAACAGGCGGGAGAUGACGCCAGCAAGGAUGACGAGGAAGAGCUCGCCCGCAAAGCUCGUUACAAUGCCAUGGUACUUGACGAGGACGAAGUCCUUUGA